AUGGCGUUACCAGCCAUGGAAGCAACCAGCGAGCAAUUCCAGACAUUAUACAGCUCCAUGUCCGCCUUCGUCGAUUCCUGUAUGUCUGGCCACGACCCGUCUCACAACCCAGCCCACGUCCACCGCGUGGUGAACAUGGCCUUGGUCAUUCUCCAGGGCGAGCAGGCCCUGCACCCGACCAAGAAACUCGAUGCGGCGGUCGUCAAGCUGGCGGCUCUACUGCACGAUAUCGGAGACAGGAAAUAUCUGCCCAAGCUGUCGUCUGCGACAGCGUCCGAUGCCGACUCACUCGACCCCAAGACAAUGGUCGAAGUCGCGCUUCUCAAACACGGAGCUCCGGCGGAUCUCGCCUCCAAAGUGCAGACGGUUGUCUCGCACGUAUCCUAUACAACGGAAUGCAAGGACCCGAGUGUGAUCUUGCACCUCAUCGACGAGGGAUAUCCGGAGCUGGCGGUCGUGCAGGAUGCAGACCGGCUGGAUGCAAUUGGGGCCAUUGGCAUCGGACGGACGUUCACGUUCCUCGGGGCACAGGGGCGGAAAUUUGUCCGGGAUGGUGGGAAAUGGGAUAUGAACAACUCGAUUGAACAUUUCGGGGAUAAGCUGGAGAAAUUGGAGGGAAUGAUGAAGACGGAGACGGGAAAAAAGAUGGCUGGUGUGCGGACGGAGAGAUUGAGAGUGUUUAGGGGUUGGUGGGAGGAGGAGAUGGAGGUAUCUUAUUCUACUGUCUAA